CGCCUCGCGGGCCGGGCCCCCGCUGCGCCCCGCCGCCCGGGGGGAUGUCUUACAAACCGAACUUGACCGCGCACAUGCCCGCCGCCUCCCUCAACGCCGCUGGGAGCGUCCACCCGCCUUCCACCAGCAUGGCGACGUCCUCCCAGUACCGCCAGCUGCUGAGUGACUACGGACCGCCAUCUCUAGGCUACACGCAGGGAACAGGGAACAGCCAGGUGCCCCAGAGCAAAUAUGCUGAGCUGCUGGCCAUCAUUGAAGAGCUGGGGAAGGAGAUCCGGCCCACGUACGCGGGCAGCAAGAGCGCGAUGGAGAGACUGAAACGAGGCAUCAUCCACGCGAGAGGGCUGGUUCGGGAGUGCUUGGCUGAGACGGAGCGGAACGCCAGGUCCUAGCCUCCGAGUCAGUGCGAAUGCUUUCCCUCUUCUUCCCAGAAGUGACAGCUCAUGCCCCCUAUACAGAUGAAACUUGGUUUCAAAAUGGUAACAGCUUGGUUUGUCCUCCCUGUGCCCCUCCUGGGGUUCGUCAGGCUCCGAACCUCCCGUCACUGAGAUGGAGAUUUUCGCAGUUAUUAGGUUUACAUGUUAGUUAGGAACUACCCAGGGCGUUUUGUGUUUUUUUAAGCAUUGAUUUACAUGAUGCACGUCAGUUACCUAUCACCG